AUGGCGGCGAAGCAGCCCCCGCCGCUGAUGAAGAAGCACAGCCAGACCGACCUGGUGAGCAGGCUGAAGACACGCAAGAUCCUGGGGGUCGGCGGGGAGGAUGAUGACGGCGAGGUCCAUCGCUCAAAGAUUAGUCAAGUACUGGGAAAUGAAAUCAAGUUUGCUGUCCGGGAGCCCCUGGGGCUCAGGGUCUGGCAGCUGGUUUCCGCCGUCAUGUUUUCAGGGGUUGCCAUCAUGGCACUCGCUUUCCCUGACCAGCUCUAUGAUGCCAUCUUUGAGGAGGAACCAGCGAGCAGCAAGACUCCCAUCCGGCUCUAUGGAGGAGCCCUCCUCA